CUAUAGGCCACCGUGUAGGCGUGGAAUCAGUUUUUCCCAGGGCCUUUGAAGCCUAGAUAACCCCUCGUAUUACGCCUUAAGAGGACUGGACCACCUUUACCUGCCUACUUCGGCCUGCGAUAGGACAAGGACCGCUUCUUGGUGUGCUUGAUGGACGCCGAACUACAGUCAUGGACAGAGCAGUUUGUCAAAGUGACAGGUAGCUUGACGCUGGCUGUUGUUAUCUAUAUCAUUGGGGUCUGCAUAUAUCGACUUACUCUGCAUCCGCUGGCAAAAUACCCCGGACCAUUUCUCAGCAAGAUCAGCGACUGGUCAAUCGUCUUGCAAGCGACAAGCGGAGAUCGGCAUCUCGAUACGUGGGCUGAGCACAACAAGUAUGGCCCUGUUGUUCGAAUUGGACCUAACGCGUUAUCCUACAACACAGCGACCGCGUUGAAAGCCAUCUACAGCAGUCGCAGGUCUAACGUACGAAAGUCGGACUGGUACAAAACUAUCGACGCCGGGUCGAAAGCGUUUAGUCUGCACUCCGAGAUUGACAAGAACCGACAUGCGUUCCGAAGACGAGUCAUCGAUCAAGCCUUUUCAGACUCGGCGAUCAAAAGUGACGAAGAUCUCAUCCUCAAGGAUGUCAAGGCCUGGGUCGACAUCCUGGGAUCUGAUGUGGAUCACACUGGAUGGACCGAACCAAAAGACAUGAAGGACUGGUGCAACUGGCUUAGCUUCGACAUGAUGGGCGACCUCACGUUCGGCAAGGGCUUCGGCUGCGUCGAGAAGGGCGAGCAUAGAUUCGUGCCUGAGGUUGUCCUGGAAGCUACCAAAUUCGUCUACGUGGCGGGCUUCUGGCCUUUCAUUGACCUUGUCCGUCCGCUGCUCGGCACAAGUUGGGCGUCGAUGCUAUUCACGAGCGACGCCAAACAGGGUGAAGCCUACAUCAAAUACGCCAACGGCAUGAUGGAGCAGCGCAUGGCCGAGGAGCGCCAAUACGACGACACCAAAGCAUCGAAUCCCCGCAGGAAAGAUUUCAUCUACUAUCUCCUUCACGCUCGCGACCCAGAGACCGGCGAGGGAUUGAGCGUCAACGAACUGCACGCCGACUCCGCGCUGCUAAUUCACGCAGGCUCAGACACGACAGCUCUCACGCUCAGUGCGGCUACGUUCUACUUGACGCAAGAGGACAAAGUCCUCAAGAGGCUAACGGACGAGAUUCGAGGCACGUUCCGCACCGUCGAGGAGAUCCGAUCAGGCCCCGCGUUGAGCUCGUUGACGUACCUGCGCGCGUGCAUCGACGAGGUUUUGAGGAUGUCGCCGCCCGUGCCGUCGCAUCUGCCUCGUGAGGUCCUGUCGGGCGGCAUGGAGAUUGACGGCGAGUAUGUGCCCGAGGGCACGGUCGUGGGCGUUGCGCCAUUCACGAUCCAGCACAAUGCCGAGUACUACCCGGACCCGUUCAGAUUCGAUCCCGAUCGGUGGAUCGUGCCGUCUGAUGGUGGUGGUGGUGGUGCGACCCCUGCCGCGAAGGAGAAAGAAGAAAGCGUGGCGUUGGCACGGGCGGCGUUUUGUCCGUUUAGUAUUGGCCCACGAGGGUGCGCAGGGAAGCGAGUCGCGUAUCUCGAGGCCAGUCUUGCGCUGGCGACGUUGUUGUGGGUCUUUGAUGUGAAGAGAGCCGAGCAGCCCGAACGUGACGAAUUCGCGGCUGGGACUGGGACUGGGACGACGACGACGACGACGACGAAACAGGAAGCCGAAAGAAACGGCAAGGACAAGGGCACGACGAGACAUGCACAAGUCAGGGGCAAACGGCACGUAUACCAGUUGUGGGACCAUUUCGUGGCGGAUAGGGAGGGCCCGGUGGUGAGAUUUAGGAAGAGGGCUCACUAGGCCUGACGGCCGGCCGGUUACUGUACAUACUUCCGUAGUACGUAGUAUUAUGUUCAGAAGGCGCCGGUCUGGC